AAUUGCUGCUUCUUGUCAGGAGGUUCAUUUCAUUUCCCAUUACUCCCAACUUCAUACUGAAAAGCACUGAGAAUUUCAAGUGGAGUAUAUUGAAGUAGACUCAGUUUAUUUGCAUCAUUUCUGUAUUCAGUCUUUUAAAUUCUUUCAUAACCCUAUUGAGUGUUUUUUAACUAAAUUAACAUGGCUCGAAUGAACCGCCCAGCUCCUGUGGAAAUCACUUACAAGAACAUGAGAUUUCUUAUUACACACAAUCCAACUAAUGCGACCUUAAACAAAUUUAUAGAGGAACUUAAGAAGUAUGGAGUUACCACAAUAGUAAGAGUAUGUGAAGCAACUUACGACACUAGUCUUGUGGAGAAAGAAGGCAUCCAUGUUCUCGAUUGGCCUUUUGAUGAUGGCGCACCACCAUCUAACCAGAUUGUUGAUGAUUGGUUAAGUCUUGUGAAAAUUAAGUUUCGUGAAGACCCUGGUUGUUGCAUUGCCGUUCAUUGCGUUGCAGGCCUUGGGAGAGCUCCAGUGCUUGUCGCCCUAGCAUUAAUUGAAGGUGGAAUGAAAUACGAAGAUGCAGUACAGUUCAUAAGACAAAAGCGACGUGGAGCUUUUAACAGCAAGCAACUUUUGUAUUUGGAGAAGUAUCGUCCUAAAAUGCGGCUGCGCUUCAAAGACUCUAAUGGUCAUAGAAACAACUGUUGCAUUCAAUAAAACUGGGGUGCUUGAUGCCAUUGCUUGGAAGUGGAACCUAGACAGGACGGGAUUUGUCGUACAUGUUAGCCAGCACGUUGGCUUGGU